AUGGCUGGUUCGACCGCCGGCGAAGUGUACGAGGACUGCGAGCAGCCACCGGAAAUUGCACACGGUUCCGCCCGACUCACGGUCGACGACAACGAGGAAUAUGUGACGGCACACUACACCUGCAAGCAAGGCUACCGGCUGCAGGAGCCCCAGCUGGCCCAGAUUCGCUGCAGCAUCGAAACGGACGAAUGGGACGCCUCCAAGCUGCCAGCGUGUGUGGAAGACGACGCACAUGGUCAGGAGGCAGCCGAAGCGGGAAAAUCAGGUGCCAACGGUAGGCGCAAACCGGGCCAGAAAGGUCAGAACAUCCAGGAGGAUACGGACGUCGAACCGGAGCUGGCGGCACGGUUGGAUCUGUCGUGUAUGGCCCACGGACUUAUCCGGGCGCCCGAGAUCGACAACGGUUACGUGGUGAAGUACAACAGACGAAAGCGGAACGGAAACAUCUUCCUGGUGGCGUACUACGAGUGUGACGAUUACUACGAACUGCAGCCACCGGAGCAUGAUCGGUUGUAUUGCAGUGGAAGGAAAUGGAUCGGAAAGCGACCCGAGUGCGCCUCGACCCGGACCGGCACCGAGGAUGAUGAGGAGGGUGAUGAGGAAGAGGAGGAAGAGGAGGAGGAAGAAGAAGAAGAUUAUGAAGAGGAAGGCGAAGAUGGCUCUGAACAACCGUCCGAUCGGGAUGGGAAAGUUCACGAACUGCCUGUGAGUUCGACGACAACUGAAUCGACAACCUCCACCGCGCCAGCAACUACACCCUCGACUACAACGGAGUCAACAACAACUUCAACAACGAUUGCGACAACGACGACAACUGAGCAGGGAACAACGCAAGAACCUGAGCAGAUCCUGCAUACGAUCACGGAAAAAGCGAACGUGCCAGACAAUCUGUCUGUUGCUGAGCCCGAACCCGACACCGAUCAACAUCGAUCGUCAGGUGGAGGAGUUGAGCGUGAAGAAACCGAAGAAGACGAUGAAGACGAUGGUGAUGAAGGAGAUGAUGAAGAUGACAAUGGAGAACCAGAGAACGAUCAUGAGGAUGGCCACAGUGAAUCUUCCCCAAUUUCUUCAUCAACUCCUUCCACGACGACGACUACGACGACGACAACGACAACGAAGGCGACAACAGUGAUGGCCAGCUGUGGUUCCGAUCGAGGUGGUUGCGAUCACGAGUGUCACCUCACGUACCACGACAACGCGGUGGAACCGGUGGUCGAGUGUAGCUGCUACCGGGGCUUUCUGCUGGACGUGCGUGAUGGAAGAACCUGUCACGAUAUCGACGAGUGUGCGACCGGAAAUGGGGGUUGCGAGCAGACGUGCAUCAAUAAACCCGGCUCGUACGACUGUGCCUGUGAAGCUGGGUUGCAAAUCGAUACGCUGAACGGUCACACCUGCAUCGAUAUCGAUGAGUGUCAGCAAGAAGCCACCGCCGAACGGUGCGUGUAUGGGUGCGAAAAUGUGUACGGUUCCUACCGCUGCCUGGAGGCGCCACACAGCGAACAGGAACAGGAUACCGGUGAGGCAUCCUCACAGGAAGACGACGAAGAGGAUGGCACCGGCGACGAUGCUGAGGAUGAGGAAGGACACCAUCGAGCGGAUGAAACGGACGAUAAGGGCACCGGUGAAAGUGAAUUACCUGACGCGCUUCCGGACGGAAGUGACGUGGGAAGCAUCACGCACCCGGUACACCCUCACCGGCAUCACCACGGUGAAGGACACUCUGUGGGGGCGGAAGUGACGAAUCGACCGGCAGAUGAUGAUCGAGACGAUGAAGCAUUCGAGUCACAGGAGCAACCCGAUGAAGACGACGAGGACGUUGAACCGGAUGUCCGUGAACGACAGGAAACCGGAGUGGAUGUGCCGUCCGAAGAGACUGAUAAGGACGACGAUCGUGAGAGAGGGGAUGAUGAAGAGGAAGAAGAAAGCGAAGAAGAAGAGGAUGAGAAGAACGACGCAAACGGAGAGCGACCGCACCCGGAACCAUCCCGACCCGUUGCGGUCAGUUGCGGUGAAGGGCUUCGAUUGAAUCCGGUGACAGGCGGCUGCGAAGAUAUCAACGAAUGCGAAGAGUUAGAUCAUGGUUGCGAUUACUGCGAGAACGCGUACGGAGGCUACCAAUGCACCUGUCCAGAUGGGUUCGAGCUUGCCGAGGACGACCGGCGCUGCGUGGACGUGGACGAAUGCCAACAAGGAGGUGAUUCUGACUCGGAGGACGCUGAAACAGAGCUAGAAGGUGCAGCUUGCUCACACGAAUGUCACAACACGAUCGGUUCGUUCGAGUGCCGGUGUCCAGAUGCGUUCCACCUAAACAACGAUCGACGUACGUGCGUACGUGACUACUGCCAGGAUCUGUACGAAAACCCCAACAAAACGCGCUGUUCACACGACUGCACUGACGAGGUCGAAGGUUUCCGAUGUCUCUGCCCUGCAGGCCAUCAGCUCGAUCCGGUUGACCAGAAAACGUGCCAUCCACGUCAAACUCCUGCACCACCAGCAGACUGUGACGAUGGUCAACGGAAGCGCUGUGAUCCAGGGCACUGCCAUCGGCUGGAUGGAUCCUCGAGUGGCUAUAGGUGUGAAUGUCCUGAGGGAUACGUCCAAAGUGACCACAGUUGCCACGAUCGCGAUGAAUGCGAGCUUGGACGGCAUGAUUGCAGUCACGAGUGCCACAACGAACCCGGUUCGUAUCGUUGCAGUUGUCCGGUUGGGUUGACGUUGUCCAGUGAUGGUAAGACCUGCGAUGAUGUGGAUGAGUGCGCACGGGAAACCAACGAACUGGAUGGGCCAUGUGGUGAUCUCGAGUGUCGUAACACCUACGGUAGUUAUAAGUGCGUUUGUGCCGAGGGUCGCGAGCUGGAUGAGUACGGUAUCUGCCGACAGAUGGACCUUUGUCGGCGGGAUAAUGGUGGUUGCUCGCAUAUCUGCACGUUCUACAACCGUGAGACGUAUUGUGACUGUCCGGAUGAUCUCGAGCUUGCGGAGGAUGGUCGAACGUGUGUUUCGAGUGCGCCUGUCGACUGCCCAAGUGGAAUGAUGCCAUCGGUUGAUGGACGCUCCUGUGAGGACGUAGAUGAGUGUCGAAGCUCGAAUGGAGGCUGUACGCAGAGUUGUGUCAACUUUGAACGUGGCUUCAGGUGUGCAUGCUUCGAAGGAUAUGAACUGGAGGCUGAUGAGCGCACGUGUGUUGAUCGGGACGAGUGUUCAAGUGCCCAUGGAGGUGGAUGUGAUCACAACUGCCAUAAUGCACCCGGUUCGUACUACUGCACGUGUCACGCAGGAUACGCGUUGGCGGAGAACGCACGCACUUGCCGAGAUGUGAACGAAUGUGAGGUGCAGAAUGGUGGCUGUUCUCAUGUGUGCAUCAACCUGCUAGGAGGACAUCAGUGUUCGUGUCCUAAAGGUCAGUUUUUGAGUGAGGACGAUCGUACGUGCGCUUUUGUGGAUGAAUGUGAGCUAAAUAAUGGUGGAUGUUCACACACGUGCCACUACGAACACGGUGUUGUGAGCUGUUCCUGUCCAGCAGGAUACCGAACGGAUUCAGAGCACCACAAGACGUGUGUGGAUGUGGAUGAGUGUGCUCGGGGUAAUGGUGGAUGUUCGCACGAAUGCUCAAACAGUCCCGGAAGCUUCGAAUGCCUCUGCCCGGAAGGAUACGAGCUGUUGCAUGAUAGAGCAACCUGCGCAGACGUGGAUGAGUGCAUCAUCGCGAACGGAAAUUGCUCGAACAUCUGCAUCAACACCCCUGGGGGACAUCGGUGUGCGUGUGAGAUCGGGUACGAACUUGUGGCAGAGUUAAGUGGCGAUGCAAGGACUUGCCAGGAUGUGGAUGAGUGUGAAGCUGGUACACAUGACUGCUCGCAUCGGUGUGUGAAUGUUCCUGGGGCUUAUGAGUGCGCCUGUCCUGAGGGUUUCCAGCUUGGAAGGAAUCGGCUAAGUUGCGAGGAUGUUGAUGAGUGUGUGGAGUUGCCAGAUCAGGCAGGUUGUGAACACCGGUGUGUGAACAGUGUUGGGUCGUACCGGUGCGAAUGUGAUGCUGGUCAUCGGCUUGCUGCAGACAAUCAAACCUGCGAGGACGUCGACGAAUGUCUCAACGUAGAAGAUGGCUCACGCAGAUGUACACACGGGUGCAUCAACACCAAGGGUGGAUUCGAAUGCUCGUGUCCUUCCGGAUUGCGGCUUGACCUGGACGAGGUGACGUGCGUCGAUAUCGAUGAGUGCCGCAUCAACAGCUUCAAUGGAGGCUGUUCGCAUGAGUGUGUAAAUACCGACGGAAGCUUCCAGUGCCGAUGUCCUGAUGGGAUGUUGAUGAGCGACGAUCAAGCGACGUGUGUGGACGUUGACGAGUGUGCCGUUCUCAACGGAGGCUGUAGUCAGCUGUGUGUGAACCAAGAGGGAAGCUACCGAUGUGGAUGUCACCCAGGAUACAGCCUGAUGACGGAUGGACGUGCAUGCGAGGUCGCGAAUGCGUGUGCUUUGAGAAACGGUGGCUGUCAGCAUUAUUGCAGCCUGAAAGCAGGUCGUCCUAUCUGCUCCUGCCGAGAGGGCUAUACGCUGAACCGUACAGAUCAAGCGAGUUGCGUCGAUCACGACGAAUGUCUGCAGACACGUGAUCACAACUGUCAACAACGCUGCGUCAACCUGGAAGGGUCUUAUCGGUGCGAAUGUUACACCGGAUACGAGCGGAACGGUCUCGGACAGUGUAUCGACGUGAACGAGUGUCUCGUUGGGAAUGGUGGGUGUGGAUCGACUGCUCAGUGCAUCAACACUGCCGGUGGAAGUCGUUGUGCUUGUCCAGUUGGGUUCAAACUGGGACCCGAUCGACGGAAUUGCGUUGAGUUGCGUGAUAAUUGCAAACCCUUUGAGCCACCGAGGAAUGCAGAUGUUCGGUGUACGCGAUCGCGACAUAAGGCGCAAGCGUUCUACCGUUCGAAAUGUAUCGUGACGUGCCGGAAAGGAUUCAAACUUCAUGGACCUUCCGUGCGGCAUUGCAAUGGUACUGGCGAGUGGGAUGAAGGCGAAUCCAUCUGCGUGCCACUUGCCUGCCCUCGUUUGGCUCGUCCGGAACACGGUGUAAUACUUCCAGUGGCCUGUACUGCCGGGAAAAUCUUCGCCAACGAACGCUGUGUGUUGCAUUGUAGGCCUGGAUUCAAACCAGCUGCCAAACGAACAGCCGUUUGCAAUCUUACACAGGCCUGGAUCCCGAGCGACAAUCUGCGGUGUGUGCCAUCGGGUUCGGCCGUGGUUUCAGCACAACCGACAACAGUGGCUCCGGUCGUCAAGCCUUACAUCAAGUGUCCACCGGACGUGCACGAGGUGUUGCCAUUGGGACAGUACACGGCGAAGGUGCGUCUGGAGCGACCUGUUACAAACGUCGACUGGCAUCAGCACGUGGACUCGCAUCCUCCUUGGGGCAAACUGCUCGAAGUGGAGCUGCCUGCGGGUGAAACUGUCGUCACAUUCCGCGCACGCAGUCCUACGACGAAUGUGAACGAUGUGUGCCGCGUGGUGAUCAAGAUUCGAGAACGCAAACCACCCACCGUGGUGCAUUGUCCGGACUCGUUCGAUGUCCAAUUGGAACGACACGAACCUUCUCGGUCGAUAUUCUGGACGGAGCCUAAAUUCGAGUCCGAAUCGGAGAUUAAGCAGCUAUACAAAUCGAACACUCCCGGUCAACCUCUGGCGGCUGGCCAGCACUACAUCAACUACAUCGCGACGGAUGCAGAUGGAUUGAGUGCAAACUGCAACUUCCGAGUCGUCGUCAAAGCUGCCCCAGUUGAGCCACUGGAACCGAGACGACCACCGGCCGAGCUGAGCAGGCUCGAGAAUCACGAGUCCUACCUCAUCUGCCCGGGCAAACCGCCAGUAAGGCUCGACGGUUCCUCGAGCUACCCCUCGCCAUUGUCACCCUGGCAACGGGACCGGGAGUCCUUCCACGAGCCGACCGAGUCCUCGGCACAGCGUUUCAAUCAAAUCUCACCACCACCGCUACACGUCCCACAAGGUUGCGUGGUGAAGAACAUCCGCAUCAAGCAAAAGCUGGCCCGGUUACGCCACCAGCAGCGGAUGCUGGCGCAGCAUUUGCAGCAUCUCGAGGAGUCACCAAACGCGAGCCCCGCGCUUAUUCGCCAGCAGCACCAGCGUUACAAUAAUCUGCUGCGGUACUACUCCUCGUGGGACAAGGUCUCGACAACGUCAUCGGGAGGCUCAAGGUCACCUAUGGAGCAUACCACCAUGCCCACCAGGCCACCGCCGUUCCUGAUGCGACCUUCGGGAGAGAUGGGAGUCUCACCACCAGCUCACCAUCACCAGCAGCAGCACCCACGCCGGUGGUUACGAAAGCGUAGCCGAGUCCACCCCGAAGGAGGAAAAUCCGGCGGAAAACCGGAGGGAGAAGGAUCGCAAGCUGACUAACACCUAUUCGAAUCGCUCCCUUAGGCGUCUGCCGUGGGAGGUGUUAUUAAUACGCGCGUGCACGCGUGCACCUAUGCGUGUCCUUAUCAUAGCUCCUUCACCAACCCAUUUCGUGUCGCUUCAGCCAGCUAACGAAUGCUUUACCAAUUUUCUAAUCUUCAUUCGA